UUGAAUCGAAGGUCAUCACGGUGGCAUCUGCACGGAUCUCAGCAUUCCGCCCCGGCAGCGGAUGGGUGGGAACCCACCGGAAUUCGCGGCAGCAAACGCAACGACGUGUUGAUCCAAAUGGUGUUGUAUUGCUGGAUAUGCGUUUUCAUGAGAGCAGACUUGGUUGCGCUAUUCACGGUGGCCGGGUUUCUGUCUUCAGCGGGAACAUUGAUGAAGAGAUGGGUUUUGAGACCAUGGUCGUGGGCUGAUUGCUGCGGUUAUAUUGCUGAGCAGUCCGGCCGGAACAAUCAAGGGAAAAAGCUCACGACUGCAGUGAAAUAUGCCUUCAUCUCCGUCUCCCAAAAUGCGUUGAAGUCGGUGAUCUGUAGGACAGAUGAGCGGAGACCCGAUAAUCAUCGACCUGAUCAUGCGGACCGAAGCAUUGGUUAAGGAAUCGCCGGUGUCGUUUAUGCCGAUCCACCAUGCGGUCAAGGUUUCGUUCGCAGGAUGCGGAAUGACGGAGGAACCAUAGGUGGCCCAUUGUUUCACUUGGUUGACGAGUGAAGUCGUAAAGGGAUGAUGGAGCGGAAGCCUGGCGCCUGUUAAAGCAGUCAAAGGCAAAAUUCCACAGUUGCUUGUCACAGUCGAGAGGAGAUCCUUGGAAGCAUCCAGUCAAAUACUCAAUCUAUCCCAAUGUUCAGAAUCACCCAACAGACGAGGCAAUACGAACCCAGUUGGAUCCUUCA